AUGCAGCAUUUUAUGCUAGUUCACUUUAUGUUACUUUAAUUGUGUGACUCGUAGUGAUGCAAAACAAUGUAUGGCGUCGCAACCUUAUUUUUUACACUGGUUGCAAAAGGGUGGAUUUUUGAAACUGCACAGUAUCCCCGGUAAUUCAUAUAAAACGGAACACCUUAACUCACCGGUACCGACGCCGGGGGCGGGGGGUAGACGGAUGUAUUCCCGCCCAUACACCUACGUUUUCUCCGCGCCCACUGGAGUACGCCAUUGGUUUAACGGCGGCUGGUUAAUGUGUUUCACACUGUAGCAGUCCCAUUACGAGUUAGUGAUGCAAGUUGGUUGUAGAGGAUGCGCUGUGUCACUUGCUUUAACUAACAGAAAAGCAGAGAGAGAAGUUACAAUAAGGUUCGGUCUUGGGGUUUCUCCAUCAAGAGCAAGAGACUGCAGCGUCCUGUCAAUUCACGACAAUAUCGCGGAAAACCCGUUAUGCUCCGCAGCGACGGUAGCAGAUGAACUGUGGGCGGCUGCAGAUUUCGUUAGAGGAAGCCGACGAUGGGACUGUUUACGGAGAGACUCUCCACCUGCCUGCGGAUCCUUCUAUUCCUUGAUUUUUGUAGCCAUCCAGUGACAGCUAAAGGGGGCACCAAGGACACCCCCCCCACGCUGCUGGCCUCCGCCCCCGCAAUGCUCCCUCAGUUCCUGCAGGAGCCGGAUGAUGCUUAUAUCGUGAAGAGCAACCCCAUCAAGCUACGCUGCCAGGCCGCACCUGCCCUGCAGAUAUUUUUUAAGUGCAACGGGGAGUGGGUGCACCAGAGCCAGCAUGCGUCUCAAGAAUUCAGGGAUGAGGCCACAGGUUUGAAGAUCCGUGAGGUGAUGAUCAAUGUGUCCCGUCAGCAGGUGGAGGAUUUCCAUGGCCCUGAGGACUACUGGUGUCUGUGUGUGGCUUGGAACCAUCUGGGCACCUCCAAGACGCGGAAGGCUACCGUGCGCUUAGCGUACUUGCGGAAGAACUUUGAGCAGGACCCCCAAGGGAAGGAGGUACCAAUCAAGGGCAUGAUUGUUCUGCACUGUCGUCCUCCAGAUGGAGUCCCAGCCGCAGAGGUGGAGUGGCUGAAAAAUGAGGAACUGUUGACCUCACUCAAUGACGACAAUAUUGACACACGGGCCAACAGCUUGAUCAUCACUCAAGCCCGGCUGUCAGACUCCGGCAAUUACAGCUGCCAGGCCAGCAAUGUGGUGGCCAAGAGACGGAGUGCCCCAGCGGCGGUGCUGGUUUUUGUGAAUGGGGGCUGGUCGUCGUGGACGGAGUGGUCUUCUUGUAGUGUGCGCUGUGGGCGGGGUGUCCAGAAGCGGUCCCGAACCUGCACCAACCCAGCCCCUCUCAAUGGGGGGGGCUUCUGUGAGGGCAUGUCUAUGCAGAAGAGCACUUGCAAUGCACUCUGUCCAGUGGAUGGCGGCUGGGAGGAAUGGCCCGAGUGGGCGACCUGCAGCUCCAAGUGCGAGAGGCAGCGCAGCAGACAGUGCACCUCCCCCACGCCCAAGCACGGCGGCAAGCUUUGUGAGGGAGUCGCCCUUCACAUACAAAACUGCACAGGCGGCUUCUGCACGCAGGAUCGAAAGCUGUUGCAUGAUGUGAAACCCCAGAAUAGGGAAGCCAGCAGCGAUGUGGCCCUCUACUCCGGCUUGACGGCUGGGGUCAUUGCUGUAACCAUUCUUGUGAUAAGCGUCAUGCUCUACCGGAGGAACCACAGUGAUUAUGGGGUGGACGUCAUUGACUCAUCAACAUUUACAGGGGGCUUCCAGUCAUUUAACUUCAAGACCACCAGGCAAGGAAACCCGCUUCUAAUGAACUCUGCCACGCACCCGGAGCUCACAGUAGAACGUACCUACAGUAGCCCCAUGUGCUUCCAGGAUGCCAUGGACAAGGAGUCCUCCCUCUUUGACCCUUUGACAGACAUGAAGGUCAAAGUUCAGAGCUCCUUCAUGGUGUCUCGGGGGGUGACUGAUUGUGUGGAGUACCAUGUCAAAGGCUACCCUGACACCUUUCCACGAGGGCUGAACACGGACUACAGAAUGAUGGAAAGCUAUAAUAAAACUCUGGUUACCCCUAUUCGCAAUACACAGUUGAAGAUUACUGGUGUAUUUGGACAUUUGGGUGGACGGCUGGUGGUGCCUAAUUCAGGGGAUGCCGGGGAAAGAGAGGCAACCUCCGCUACAUCCAGGAUGCACCAGGCCCACGUCCUGAAGCCGCUCCUGCCUGCCCACCAAAACCUCAGUGGAGAUGACCAUCAAGACCAGGAGCAGCUGCGGGAGUCCGCGGAGCAAGAGCGGCAGGACUUGGAGUGGUCCACGCAGGACGCCUCGUCGCAGAACCAGCCUACCCCACAACACCCGGGCCCUCCUAAGUGGGGUAGGAAGAAGGGCCGGGGCCAGAAGGGGGCUGCACUGCCGGAAGUCUCCAGCAGCCCCUUGCGCUGGCUGUCACCGGAGAAGGGAGCCUGGCUGUGGGAGUCACAGGGGGUGGACCCCCUGGAAGCUGUGCUAGGUCCCCUAAAGGUGUGGAAGAAGAAGAGUCGGUGCCGGGGGGGAUCUGACAUGCCAGCACUGGCCAGCAGUCCACAGGUGGAUGAAGGCUUUGAAAUACUGCUUGGCCCUGAAGUCACAUAUGGUCCAGCUGGCAUUGACCUCUGCUGCCCUGUUGUCUUGACGAUAACCCAUUGUGCCCAGGCCAGUCUAGAAGAUUGGAGUAUCAGACUCAAAAGAAAAACUCAAGAGAAUAAGUGGGAGGAAGUGAUGUCACUGGAGGACGAGACCCUUUCCUGUUACUGCCUGAUGGACUCCUUAAGUUGCCACUUCCUGCUGGAGCAGCCGGGCUGCUUUGUGCUCACAGGGGAGCCGCUAACUGAGGAAGCCUCCAAGCGACUGCGGCUGGCUGCCUUUGGCUGCGCAGGCCCUGGUACCAUGGAGUACAGUCUGCGGAUUUACUGCGUGGACGACACACCCCAUGCCUUUCAGGAGGUGAUAGCCACAGAGAAGCUCAGAGGGGGGGAACUUCUGGAAGAACCUAAGACUCUGUGCUUCAAGGGGAACACCUUUAGCCUCCAGGUUUCCAUCCAGGACAUCCCACAGUUUUUGUGGAACAUCAAGCCUUUCACCACUUGUCAGGAGUUUCCCUUCUCGCAGGUGUGGCGCAGCAAUCAGCAGCCUCUGCACUGUGGCUUCUCCCUGGAGCGAUACAGCACAGCCACCUCCCAGCUCUCCUGCAAAAUCAGCGUGCGGCAGGUCAAGGGGCAGGAGCAGAUCAUCCAGGUCUACACGCCUGUGGCGGAGAGGGAAAAGGAUACAGCUCCAGUCUUCAGGCCAGCAGACUGCACUGUCACGUUUCAGACAGGACCCAAGGCCUUCAGAAUUCCCCUCUCCAUACGCCAGAGGAUAUGCAAUACUUUUGAUACUGCCAACGCCAAGGGCAAGGACUGGAGGCUGUUAGCACAGAAACUUCACAUUGAGAGGAAUCUAUCCUAUUUCGCCAAGCAGCAGAGCCCUUCAGGGAUGAUCCUGAACCUGUGGGAGGCUCUGCACCAGGACAUUGGGGACCUGGAUUUGCUGGCCAGGGCUCUUGAGGAGAUCAGCAGAGUGCAAGCAAACAGCCCGCUCAGCUGCGCAGCUGCAGAUGGGUCUGCCACCGACUUAAUGUGCAGCAAGUGAGGUGCAGGGAGCAGGGAGGCGAUGGGACAAGGAGACGCAGACUUCACUCAGUAGAUGUUCACUGGCUUUCCAGCUUCACCUCUUGAGCCACCCAGCACCCAGCUACCAGGGAACUGAUGGAAGGAGCCUGGAAUUUGCUUUGCUUUGGUCUUCAGAAGCCAGGAGGCAUCCUUCGAGUGCAGCUAGUCGUAAAAGAAAAACAGACGGAGGAAGGGUGGAACACCCCAGUCUCCACAGCAGCAACCCGUGGAUAAAAAACAAGCAAGAUGUGUUGAUGUUUGUUAGAAUGAUCAUCAGGAAAAUCAGAGUGUUUAAGUGAGGGACUGAGCCGGGGGAUGCCGCAGCACCCAGAGCUCCCUGUCCGCGCAGUGCCACCUGCCCACAAACGUUUGCUGCUUGGUCGUUCCUUUCUUCUCUUCUCUCUAAUUCAGCUGCAUUUUGUCACAUUAAAGUAAUGGGGUAACACUUUGUAGUUUAAGCACCACCCCCCUCCCCCAAAAAUCUCCUCAGAUUAUAAUAUAGUAAUUACUUGUAAAACACUGUCCUUGAUCCUGGAGACAAGGGCAGAAACUAUCAAGGUUUAACUGUUUAGCAAUACUGAAAUAGACACAUCUAUAAUGGCAAUGUGUUUGAACUCACAGAAAUUGAAUGUUUUUUUUUUACUGCCUGAUUUCACCAUAUAUGAAUGAAGUAUUUUAUGCUUUUAUUUUAACAGCAACCACCUGGCCCAAUCUUUAAUUGAUUUAUUGCCAAAUAUGUGCAUUAAUUAUAUGUAAAUAAGACUGUCCAUAACUUGUACUAACGUGAAAGACAGGCAAGCAUUGCUGACAGUAAGGCAGAACAAACUCACGCCUUUCUCUUGACCCACUCGGCCUUAUUAAUCCACUCCGAUUCAGCCUUGUGUACAAAUGGGAGACACGGACUCGCAGUUCAGGGACCAGAGGUGGUUCAUUUAAAAGGAGAAUAAAGAAGAUGGAGCGAAAGACACCAUCCCAGCUGUUUUAACCAAACGGGAGAGGAAGCCCGUUGAGAUGCGGUGCUUUACCGAGUACAAUGGCGUGGUCCUACUUUAUGCUGUAUUCAUUUGUGUUCUGAUAUUAUCAUGCUGAGAAACAGAAACUAAAUGUAAAAAUGGAAUGGCUAAAAAUAUUUAUUAUGUGUUACUGCAGGUAUUACUUGUAAAUGUAACUUAUUUUUUAAAUUGGUUUAUUAUUUAAUAUUGUAUUAAUUACUACAAAUAUUAUACCUUUAAAUGCAAUUACUUUCAGAUUUUUUUCUUCCUUGUAAAGCGACCUUGGGUUUGUGAAAGGUGCUGUAUAAAUGUAACAUUAUUAUAUUAUAUAUUAUGAAUUACAAAUAUUUAAUUUAUUUUCUUAUUUUAAUUUGUUUGUUUAGUUUCUUUGUAUUUAUUUGUUAACAUUUUUAAAUAUUUUUCAAAAAUACACAUAAUAAUAUGGGCUACAACAGCCCAUUUUCAGGUUCCACUUGAAAGCUAAUCUGACUGGGUCUGCUAUAUUUCCUGCUUUACUUUAAUUGAAUGAACUAAAAUAUUUUAAGUCCUACAACCCCCUCUCCAAAAAAAUUGGGAUGCUGUGUAAAAUAUAAAUAAAAACAGAAUUCAAUGAUUUGCAAAUCAUUUAAACCCAUAGUUAAUUGAAAAUAGAA